AUGCCGCCCAAAAUCCGCAUCCCGAAGGCCGAGGAUUUCACGUCGCUUUCACCCGACCUGAAAGUCGUCUUGCACUUCCCUUCCCCUCCCGAGUCCACCACCGCCAUCCUGAUCCUGUUCCACGGGCUGGGCGAUGCAGACACCUCUUUUGCGAGUUUCGCCAGGAGCAUGAAUCUGCCCGGGGUCCUCGCCAUCACAGUCAGGGGCACAAAUCCCCUACCUCCAGCGCUGAUGGGCUUACCUCUCGACAGCGGCCCGCCGCGGCACUUUCACUGGGGCGAUGACCUGAACCUGGCGACCCAGUCCGAUGAGCUGGAUGCAGACCCGGGGUUCAGCAAGGCGUAUGACCUGAUUGUGAACAGACUCAUCAGGGAGACGCUCCUGGACAAGUGUGGGUGGGAGCUGCCUGACAUUCUCCUGUUUGGCUUUGGACAGGGCGGUUCGCUGGCUGUGGGCUUGGCCUCCAAGAUCCGCGAAGGGCCCAAGGUUGAGGAGGUCAGAGAAGAUGAGAACGGAAGGUCCAUUGAAGCCCCCAAGAGCCUCAAGGGCGUCAUAUCCAUUGGUGGGGCCCUGCCCAUGUCCAUGGUUCCGAGCCUGAGUGGGCGGUCCAAAUCCGAGACACCUGUGCUGAUCUGUCACGGGAGAUCUUGUGAGGCUGUCGACGAGGAUGCUAUCGACAUCCUGAGGCAGGAAUUUGUAGAUGUGCGGGAGGUCAAGUGGAAAAAGGCAGACAGCACUAUGCCAGCAAACCGAGAGGAGAUGCUGCCCGUGAUGCAGUUUAUCGCUGAGCGGCUGCGGGGCGAGUGGUGA